AUGACGUGCGGUGUGCUCAAAGAUUUCUGUAAGGCUGUGCCCAUCCGCUGUAACGGUUACUUGCGUUUUUGGGGGUCAUGCCAGACUUCGGAUAAAGAGCCUGGCGAGAAAGAGGAGAGAAUAGCCUCCAAGCUAUCUGGCCUGACACACCCAGCAAUGACCCGCCUGACCGAGGGCGAUGAAAGCGCCACCCUGCACGGAGAAAUUGGUGCAUUAUAG